UUUGACGGACUUGACUACUUUAUUCAAUUCUUUGUAAACCAACAUCCGUUCUCGCCGGCGACGAUGAUUUCGAAACUUCCGAUCGCCGUCGUUCUAACUGUCUUUACGAUAUCCUUAUUGGUUGAAUCAAGGAGCGAUUCUAACAGUGUUUAUUCUCCAUGUGCGGAUACGUUGAUUCAGCGAGCUGAUGGUUUCACCUUCGGUAUUGCUUUUGCAUCCAGAGGCUCUUUUUUGCCAUCUUCAAACACUUCUGCUCAGCUUUCACCUUGCGAUAGACGGCUUAAUCUAUCUACUUCUAAUUCUCAGUUAGCCGUUUUUCGACCUAAGGUUGAUGAGAUCUCACUUCUUACGGUCAACACUUCCAGCUUCUCUCCGGACAAUGUUGGCGGAUACAUGGUUGCUUUUGCGGGUAGAAAAUACGCUGCAAGAUCUCUCCCUGCCUUUGUCGCAAACAGCACCUUUACUGUAACAAGCUUUACACUCGUUCUAGAAUUCCAAAAAGGAAGGCUGCAAAACUUGUACUGGAAAAGAGACGGUUGUUCAAAGUGCCCCGACAGUUCGAAAUUAGUGUGCCUGAAUAAUCAAGACUGCGCUAUUAGAACAAACAGUUGCAAGAACCACGGAGGAGAUGUAGAUUGCAGUCUUGGGAUUCAGUUAUCAUUCUCGGGAACUGACAAGCAUCUCUCGGUUUUCAAUUCUUGGUAUGAAGUGAAAAACCUUCGCCAAUACUCACUCUAUGGUUUAUAUUCGAACCUCAAGGACUCUCUCACGAGUCAGUAUAGCAAUAUCUUCUCGUGAACUAAAUAUUGAUUGCCAUGUUUUUUCUUUGUCUACUUAAAUUUUUUUAUUUGUGUUCUUUCUCAAAUUGUAAUGUUCGAAAUCGAGAAUACUGCUUCUGUCUGUAAUGUGUUUAUAUACUUGUUGAUUCUUCGGCUUUA